AUGCCUCCCACUAAAUCAAGCGUCGCUUGGCAGUUUUUCACAAUUAAUGCUGAUAAUAAUAAACUGGUGUGUAAAUUGUGCUCAUUAAGCUAUUGUAAAUCUGGAAGUACAACCACUCUCGUUAAUCAUUUAAAAAACAAACAUAUUAUUGAAUAUAGUGAAGCUGUAGCAGCUAAUCCAGUGACAUUUCAAAAUGUGAGAUCUGCUGUUAAUGUGGUUAAUCUUAUAACGCAACCUGUAGUGCCAAAUGUCUCACAACCAAUUUUGAGUACUGAGGCUCCUGCAAAACGUUUGAAACAAAUGCGGCUUACUAUUCCUGGUAAAAUUAAUCAAAAAGCUGGCGAUGAUGCUUUAAUGAACAUGAUUCUUUUAGAUAUGCAACCGAUACAGAUAGUGGAAAAUGAUGGAUUUAAAAAGUAUUCGCGAAUUCUAAAUUCAGAUUAUGUAUUACCUUCCAGAAAAGUACUCACGCGUAUGUUAGAGGAAAAAUAUGAAAUGCAUAGUGCGGAAGCAAAGGCAAAACUUACAUUUGUCGAAAACAUUGCAAUUACGACUGAUAUAUGGAGUAGCGAUAGCCAGAAAAGUUUUCUUAGCGCAUCUGCUCAUUUUAUUAAAGAUAGCAAAUUAAAUUCAUUAGUCAUAGCAACAAUAGAACUCAGAGAAAAUCACACGUCACAAUCACAAUCUGUGUUAAUUGAAUGGCAAAUCUUUGAUAAAGUUGAUAUUGUUGUGACUGAUAAUGCGCCGAAUAUGAAGAAAGCUAUUACUUUAUUUUGA